AUGCAUAGUAAUCCUGGUGAUGUUGACACAAUUACAAGGGAGAGUGAGGCUUUGGAGAAUAAGAACUCUCUUUUGCACCAGAAAGCUAAGCUUUCUUGGUUAAAGGAGGGGGAUGAGAAUUCCAAGAUAUUUUAUCAAGCCAUUAGAGCUAAAAAGUAUAAAAACAAAAUUCACUCUAUUCACACUUCCUCAGGUGAAUGGGUGAAUGACAGAGAGAGAGUUGAUAGGGCGUUCCUUGAGUACUAUCAACAGUUAUUCUCUCACAAGGAACAAAAGCAACCUGUUUUGAGCACCUUGGUCAAUAAGGGUAAAAAGAUUACAAAAGCACAUAAGAUGAUUCUCAACACUGAGUUUACUAAGGAGGAUGUGAGGAGAACUAUUUUUAGUAUUCCGGAUGAAAAAGCUCCUAGAGCAGAUGGUUUCAAUAGUAAGUUUUUUAAACAUUGCUGGGAGAUAGUAGGAGAUGAUAUUGAUGAAGCUAGUCUGGAUUUCUUCAAGUCAUGUAAACUCUUAAAAGUCAUGAAUGCGACCACUUGA